UUAAUUAAUAUAAAUAAGUUUGGUAUUCUCGUACCAUAUAACAGUCAUCUGGGUUCAUAACGAUUCUGUUUGUACCAUCUUUGGUAUCAACCACGUUUGACAAGAACAGCUGAUCAGAUUAGUAUAGUACGGCUCCAAUACGUUUAAGGGUUGGUCGUUGUGUUGGAAAAUGUCGGUCGGUACUUCGUUAUAUCUGUUUUCACACACCCAAAAGGUUUGCAGGCUUUACAAAAGAGCUCUAAGGAAUUUGGAAUCGUGGUAUGAUAGACGUGAAGUUUUUCGAUAUGAAGCUGUACUGCUAAGACAGCGGUUUGAAGAAAAUCGUGAUGUAAAGGAUAUGCGGAUAGCAAAACAGCUGCUGGAGAAGGGAGAGCAGGAACUGUUUGAGAAACAGCAUUACCAACCAAAGAAAUUUCCGAAGUCUCCAGGAGGAACUGCAUAUGAACGUGAAGUUUUACCACCAGACUGGGUAUUGGACUACUGGCACCCUCUUGAAAAGGCACAGUAUCCUGAAUACUUUGCCCGCCGUGAACUCCGCAAGAAAGAGUUCAUCGAAAUGUGGGAGAAAAAGUACGGCAAACCACCAAAGGAAGAAGCACAUCACUGAAUGUGUGUUACUGAACAGAUAGUAUGAUGAACACAGAAAUGUGAUUUAAAGACAGUUUGUAUUUAGAUUUGACGUGGUAGCUUCAAACAAGUGUAAGAAUUUUCAAUAGUAAAAGUUGGCACUUGGCUGUGGAAUUAUCUGGAGCACUAAAUUUCAUACAUAGUUAACAAUUGUAUAACCAUUAUGAAAUUAAUAGGUUUUGUACAUUAAGAUAAAAGACGGAACUGUAAAUAUAAUAAUGCUAAUAAAGAUGUUUCUUCACUUAUA